AUGCAUUACACUCUCCCAUCGGUAAUGGCUCUGGCCGUCGCUUCCGUCUCAGCGUCUCUUCUGUAUCCGAUCAAUUUUCCUCUUCGCCGAAGACAAGAACCAGGGACGCCCGAAUACGACUGUCAUGCGAACUGUGGGACUGUCAUUGUCGAUGGCAGGACGGAGGGAUAUUGUGACACUGCAAACUUCACCAGUGCACUCCAAGCUUGCCUCGAUUGUGCUCUCGAAUUCGAUAUCUGGCAGUACUACGGACACAGUGUCGCACAGGCCGCAACAGCGUGCGGACUCGAUGCCACCCCGGUCCCUGCAAAUGCCACGUCCGCAACGACCAGCAGCGCUACCACCGCAUCAACUCCGCUUAGUUCACCGCAGAGCACAGAGGCAACAUCUUCGGCGUCAAACACGGCUUCGUCGAUCGAAACCGCCUCAGUGACGCCCGGACAGACUAUGAGUGAGGUGAGUGUCGCACCCGGAAAUGGGAGAGAACCUAAAACGACCAAUUCAAUUGACGACUUUUGUUCAAAUCGGACCUCAACCGGAGCCGGCUCUGCGGUGACAGCCACCGAGACUGGGAGCUUUGCCAACAGGAUCGCCCUCGGUGGUGGACACGUAGCGUUGCCUCUGGCCGCGUUACUUCCUGGCCUCCUCUAA